AGAGAUGGGAAGGGAUAGAGAUAGGGAUAUAUCGAGGUCGCCGGCGUAUAGAAGGAGGUAUUCGCCGUCGCUUUCACCGGUGGGGCACAGGUCUAGCCGCCGAAGCCGGAGAGAAAGAAUUCGAUCUCCUUAUUCGCAUAGCAGGUGAUACCCGAUUACUUAUAUGGUAGAUUAUGGUAGCUCUGUACUGUUGAUAUGUAUCAAUUUAGUUAUGAAAAUGUAUUCUGAUCAGUACUUUUUGGAAGAGUUUUUUUUACUAGGCUAAUGAAGUUCACUUGUCUCUUUGCUGAUUCAAUUACAGUUUGUUCAGGUCAUCUAUACAUAUGUAAUUCUUGACAGUGUUGUUAUCUAGGAUUUUGUUGUCAUGGAAGGACUUUCUGCCUUGCUCAAAAAUUAGGAUGUACUCCGAAAUAAGUUCAUAUUGUUGUCUCUCUAUAACAUGUAUUUGGACUCUGGAGAGUUAAAAUGGAGAUUGUUCUGAAGAAUUUGUGGUUAGCCUAGGUUUUGGAAUUUCUCUUCUAGUGAAAAGAUUGCUGAGUGGACUGUGGGGGGAAAAUUCUUUAUAAAUGUAAAUUGGCAACAAUGGUUUUCUUCAUGUGAAAAAUAAAAAAGACAGUACUUCCUUUCAUUGCUAAGCAAUCAGGCGAUGAGUGCCGAUGGUUCAGUUCCAAAUGAUAAAAGAUGCAGCUCACUGUUUAUUCUUUGCAAUCCAGAAGGUAACCGUAUUUGCUGUUGUAUUGGAUUGUGCUGGUCCUGCUGGAUGAGAUGGGAAAAAGAAGCCGUUCAUUGUCCUCAAGACGCCACAAAAGUCGUUCUUUAACUCCAAGGCGACAUCGAAGCCGCUCUCCAACUUCAAGGCGUCAUAGGAGACAAAGAAGUAAGAGUACAUCAUUGUCUCCUAUUGGUAAAUCGUUGAUAUCAAGUACGGGAUCAAGAGAGCGGAAGGAUGAUAGUGAAAUGCUAAGAAAACAGGAAGAGGAAAAGAAAAGGCGUCAACAGGAAGCAGAAUUAAAAUUAGUAGAAGAAGAAACGGCAAGAAGAGUGGAAGAGGCGAUUAUGAAAAAAGUUGAAGAGAAAUUGAAGUCUGCCUACAUCAAGCUUGAAAUUGACAAGCGACUUGCAGAAGGUCGAAAGAAGCUUAUCAUCGAGGUUGCAGCUCAGCUCGAAAAGGAGAAGGAAGCUGCUCUCAUCCGGGCAAAACAAAAGGAGGAACAAGCUAAGAAGGAGAAAGAAGAGUUGGAUAAGAUGCUCGAAGAGAAUAGGAUGAAGGUCGAAGAAGCACAGAGAAAGGUAGCUCUGGAACAGCAGAGCAAAGAGGAAGAACGAUACAAGGAAUUGGUGGAGCUCCAACGACAGAAAGAGGAGGCAAUGCGAAGGAAGAAGCAAGAAGAGGAGGAAGAACGAGCCAAACAAAUGAAACUGUUGGGCAAGAACAAAUCUCGACCAAAACUGUCCUUCGCUUUAGGGUUGAAAUGAUCAAUGCCCUCGGCCUGAGUGGUGUCGUCGUGUUGGUGACUUGUCUUGUCCCAAAACAAGGUGAUUUCUAGUGGAACCGAAGCCGGGCAACCCCUGCCCUUCUUACCUUUGUUUCUGUAAUUUCUUCUUUUCCUUUUUCUUUCUUAGUUUAACUAGGUUACAGUUUGCUGUAUUUUCAAGUGCUUUACCUUCAUUUUUGACAGACAAUCAAUGUAAUGCCCGCAGCUGAUGUUAAUUAAUGUGUGAUAGUUUAGUAUGCAAUGGUCCAAUGGAUGGUUUACUUC